AUUGGAAUUCCGACAGUAGGAACAUCGUCUUCCACGUCGUCUUCUUCAUCGACCACAGGAGGCGGGAGAACGAUGCCCGAAGCUCCUGAGCACAAGAGUGAAGGAGAAAUUGGUGUCCCGCUACGCGCUUUGGUUAUCGGCAUUGUUCGCGCCAUUGAGAAGAUUUACCCUAGAAAGAGGAGACCACUGCGCAACCUGAAUAAUGUCAGGGUAGAAGACGAAGACGUGGCGGACCGGGCU